CGGCAAAACCUGUGGGCAAACGCUGUUGGUUGAUGAGUGCUUGAGUGAAAGUUCGACCGGUGGUUCAGACGUGUGGAUUUACUCCUUCAGAGAGUUCGAGGAGUCGCUCAGCUACUGGAAUUGGUCACGAAUGUGAAGCAUGUAGUGUGUUUGAGAUUCUUCUUGCUGCAGUGCAAUGCUUGUUCUUGAUCGGUCCGUACCGAAGCUGGUUUGGCCAUUGCUAGAUCAAGGGCCAUAGAAACUUGAAAGCGGGACGAGCUUUCAAGUCGAGCGAGUUGGGCCAGUAUUUUGUGCACGAGGCUGCGGGUGCUGAAAAUGAGUCUACAAGAGGAGCUGAAAGAUCGCGGAUGGUUCUUGAGCGCUGAAGGACUGGAAGAGUGCGUAGAAGGCUUGGAGAACCCCAAGGCGGAAGAUGUAAUCCGGAAAGCAGUGAAUUUUGAUUUAGCCGAUAUUGGAGAGGGUGGCCUGCCAGAAGAUGUUUCGAGGAACAAAGUGGAUUCAAUCACAGGGCCCGUGGUUGUCCAGAUUCAAAAGAUACGAAACGUUUCUGCGCCCAAGAGCAACCCAGAAUCGGACCAUUCGCCAAGGCUAUUACGACUGCACCUUUACGACGGAACUUCAUACUGCAGUGCCAUCCAAUGGGGACGAUGGAACAACAUAAGUCUUUCCACUCCCCCUGGCAGCAAGAUCCUCCUAAAGAGUGAACCAAUACCUGUUGUGAAUGGUUUCCUUCUGCUGGCUGAACGUAAUUUUAAGUUCUUGGGUGGCAAUGUGGCGCAUCUCAUUGAAAAAUGGGAACUGGCCAAGAACUUGAGCCACCACAAGCGCACUGCUGGUGAGGAGGGCGGUGCUCCCCCGUGGGUUCCCUUUGGGCAGAAGAUUGAUGCGAGCAGACUGAAGAACAUCAAAGGUGGCUUCAAGUCCAUGGAUCUUUGUCAGAAGGACACCAAACCAAAUGAAUCUUUUGAGAAACAUAGACAGAUGACAAUAGCCGAGAUUUCUCGAGCAAAGGAAGGAAAAGUGAAAGUCUUUGGUGGCGGCAAGCAGCAACCCCAAGAUGGAGAUAUUGCCCAGUUGGUUGGCCUUGGCUACUCUGUAGAUGCCGCUGUGAGUGCCCUCAAAACUCACAACUGUGACAUUGCCGCUGCAAUGCAAGCAUUGGAGUUGUCAGACAGAAAUCGGAGGGAUCGGGCUAACCGACCAGAAACGGGACGAAAGCGACGAGAGACGAGGGAACGUGAUUCAGGUGAUGAGAAAGCUCCAAGUCGACCAUCGGGGCCUAGCACCCUUUUUGAUUACUUGCAGAACCAGAUCUCUCUUCCCAAAGUGCCUGAUGUAGAAGAUUCCCACCUGGGUGACCGACCUUCCGAGGCUCAUUCGACGCACGACCACUCUAACCGAGGGGGCCACAGCAGUUCAAAGGGCCGCAUGAAUGGACCAUCUAGCAACAGUGGCCGCUUUCCUCAGCAGCAGCAGCAUCAGCCUUCUCAGCGGUAUCAUGGACAUAAGGAAUCUUCCAGAGGGGAAGGCGAUCACACGUACCAGAACCAUCUGCACGAUGGGCCUUCUUCUGGCUUCUAUUCCAACAACGCGGGCUCCUAUAACAGGCACAGGGGCUCUCAAGAAGGUGGUGGACCACCACAGCAAUCGCGGACUUAUCAAGGCAACCACAGCAACCGGAGUCACCCACGGCAGUCCCCAGUGGACGGGGGGGACAGACGGCGCACCCCUCAGGCUUGUGACUUGGCACCUGGCUCAAGACCCGCACCUCGUGGUGGUGACCGGAGCACUUCUGAUUCAAAGCCAUCUGGCCCCAAGCGGCUUUUCUCCGGACAGAAAGUGCUAGCGAAGUACUGGGAAGACGGCAAGUUCUACCGGGCCUUGGUACACGAGGUGUCGGCCAACGGCAACACGUGCGUGGUCAAGUUCGUCGACUAUGGCAACCACGAGGAGGUGCUCUGCUCGGACGUGCAGACCGUGUCGCUCGCCCAAUGGGACAAGGGCCAGUCUAGUUCGUCUCGACAGGAGUACCACCGUCCGGCGGGAAGCGGCAGCACAGCCAGCGGCGGAGGUGGUGGCAGUCACCACGGCCCGCCCCCUCAGCAACACCAGCAGCAACAUUUCAACAGCAGCCGAGACUCUGAGGACUACCGCUACCUGGAGGCCAUGAUGCAGAGCGAGGCUGCCAAUGCCGCUGCCUCGCAGCCGCCGCCUCAGCAGCAGCAGCACCAGCAACCGCAACACCAACAGCCACAGCACCACCAGCCAAACUACUAUCACCAGCCUCAACAGCAGCAUCACCAGCAGCAGCAGCACAAUUACCACCAGCAGCAACACCAUCAUCAUCAGCCGCAGUACCAGCCUCAGCAGCAUCAUCGGCCGCCGACGGAUGGCUACGAACACGGCGGAUACCGCCAGAGGCCGCCACCGCAGCACCACAAGCAACAGCAUCACCAGCCACCGUUUGGCAACGCCGGAGGACACGGGCGCCCGCAGCAGCAGUUGUACCAGCCGCCCGCGCAGAGGCGUCAGGCUCCCACUUGAGCCUGCCGUCGUAAUCGUGUGGGGGUCGUCUGCAAGCCGGAACGGUGGUGCCGCUAUCGGGAGGUGACUGCGACGCACGCAACGAUUGCUGUCAUUGCCACGAAUAAACAUGAAACGCUAAUCUUGUAGGACCGAUAAAUCCGGCCGAAUGUCGUCUCUUGAGCAAAGAAGGAAGCAUUCGCAGUACCUACCUUUUAAGUUCAAGUGAGAUCUCUAAUCCAGGAGGGGUGUAGGAAGGUGCACAGAUCUUUCAGGAUAAAUAACUUAUAGGUAUUGUCGUUGCCGUAUUAGCUUCAUGCCACGCCGCCAAAAGGAGACGCAGUGGUAGAUGAGACCUCUUCUCGAACUGUCGUUAAUUAAUCUGCUUUGUUAAACCUGCUAUUGCUAGGCGUAAAUGCACUGCGUAAUAUAAGGAAAGUGUCUAUUACGACCGAGGUUUCGUGCCAGGGGACACGCUAAGUUACUCAUUUCAGCAACCUCUAUGCCACUUAUUGAACACAGCUGUACGAAACUUCGGAACUAACUUCGUCGCUGGUAACGGUACUUUGGCGUGAUAUGAUGUGUCAUUCAAACUGUGUGUAUAUAAAGGUAACGGCAUUUCUAUAAGGGCCUCACAUUCGGUGUGGCAUGGUUAACUGUUGAAACACGGGACCCAUUCGCCCUGUACCUCUGCUGUGUGUGUAAGUGCGUUCCCUGCGUUCCAAACGUCAAGUAGCUAAGGUAAGAUUGUUAGCAGGAGGGUUAGAGGCGAGAGAAAAAAAAUAAAGACCGAGAAAGAGAAGGUUGCCGACCAGCGAUAUGGGUGAAAGACCGAGCAAUGCUUUUCUUCGCUUUGAUAUUGUUGCCUUACGGUCCUAACCGCGUCACCUCUUUCCUUUCUGUGAUUAUCUCUUUUUCGUUAUUUCCAAAUUUUUUCGAAGUUCCUCGUCUGGGCAGAGUAAUCUUAAUUGGGCUAGCUACGCUAUGGUCGAGUUUUCCUUGAAUAAUAAAGGUAGUGCUUGCACGGUGGGGUCGAUGGGGGUUCUCGUGCUGGCCAGAAAAUCGCGCGCUAUUUGUUGCAUUUCAUUUUGACGUUUAAUCUUCCGACAGCGACAAUCCUGACAAAUAACGGCUCCUUUAAUGUUCGGAGCGCUGGUUAGUGAUGCAGAAGACGCGUGUGGGAACCGCUUAAUGCCAAGGGCGGAGUUGGUCUUGUGUAUUCGACAGUGACCGCGCCUACGUUCAAUCAAUGUAUCGAGUGUCGCAUGCCUUUCGCUGCGCUGUGCUUCGCGCUUUUGGGCAUCACAGUGCCCUCGGCCAUAUGUCGAAGGCGUCGCCCUCACUUUCCGAUUAAGCGCCGCCUUUUCACAACAACUUUAUAGAGUGGACUCAUUCUUGCGAGACACCAAGCACAUCCUCGACUGGUUGCCUUUUUAGUGCACUCCGCUAGCGCUAGUGACGUCUUGCAAAACAGGAGGUAGGCUGACUUACGAGGCUAACCCUGCUCCAAAUAUGUAUAGCAAAGCUUUCUUAUCACUUACGGCUCGCAUGUAUUCGAAGUACAGCUUUAGUGCCGUCUUACACGACUUCAAAGUGCUGCGAGACCGCUCUGAAACAACCAGUCGAAGAUGGCGUUCAGGUCGAGCGCCGACACCCCGACACUUCUGAACUCAGCCAAAUGCUGGAGAGAAAUCUCUUUUCACAGUUUUCUUGGUACCUUCCUUUUUAUCUUAAGUUUGUUCAUCGCUUACUGCAUCUCGGCACCUACGCUCAAUACGCAGACCUCAGGCACAGAAUACGUGUGCCCGACUUCUUUCGCAAGGCUCUCUAAUGACCGAGGAAAUGUAUUAUAAAAGUGAAUAGUUUGUUUUUAAACCUGCACGUGUUGUGGCUGCAUGCAGUGAGGCGGCUACGUCAUCGCUUGUUCUUUGGCUUUCACCCUACGUGAACUGUUUUUGUGACACCGGAUACACUGCAUUAUUGCAUUA